AAUGCAGAAAUCUGCAUACAUAUGCAAAACUUGUGAUAAUGACAAACAGUUAAGUGCCUCCACCUGUUCGUGGUUUUACGACGGUGUUAAAAAGAAAUUUAGAAGAUUUGGUAGUGCUAAAAUAGUGAGAACUUUAAUACAAGCUCGUUCACUGUCCGAUGAAGAAGAUUGCCAACGACAUGCUAGUGACGACGAAAGACAGCGGCCAAGAUAUGGGCCUACAACAAGCGUUCAAGCAGAUCUGAAAGAGAGCAUCGACACGUUGAGAGAAUCGUUACAGUCCGCUGAAAAACGUCUAUUCUCCGAAUUAGACAAUGACACCAAUGAAGUUCGAUCUCUAGAAGUCUGUAAAUGUUCAAUAGAUGACGCCUGCAAAACCUUUCUCCAAUCGAACGCUAAUUCAUCGGCAGCAAGGCAGGAACUACAACGUCAAUUGUGUAUAUUCGCUGGAGAAGACGAGUUGGACCAAAGCACUUCAGAUUACGGUUCGGAUAUUCGAACGGAUUCAAGCGAAUCUUUAAUAAAUUCGCUAUACAAGCGUUACCGAGAACGUCAAGAGAGGUUUGUUCUUAGGGCUCUGGAGAAAUUAUAUAACGAUUGCGUAAUCGCACACCUGAUGAACAGAAUCAAGGAAGACGCUAGCACCACGGAUUUUCGGUCACUUUCUUCUUUAGAAAGAGACGAAUCGGUAAGCGAAGAAAUUCAAUCAACAGUCGUUCAACUAAAUAGUCAAGUUCCCGACUCCGAUCUAACAACCAAGGAGGAUAUAAGCCAUUUGAAGACUAUUGAUGUGUCUCAACAAAGCCCCAAAAGCUUCUUGGAUCCCUCCGCUGAACAGGAUGAAGACGUUGACCUAGAAGAAUUAGAAUCGUUUUGUUCAGCUAAAGAAACUUCGCUACCUCACUUUAAUACAACAAUUUCAAGUCUAACGGAAACUGAUCCUGAUUUGCUACAAAUGUCAUUAAUUGACUACGAAGCUUUGGAUACUCUCAAAGAACAGAGAGAAUUAGAAGAAAAUGGGAAAAUAGAAGAAAGGAAAGUUGGAGAAGGAAAAGAUGGCGAAGACGAAGAAGAAGAAGAAGAAGAAGAUUUUGACAUUGACGAUGACGUAAAUAUGGAAGAGGAAGUAUCAUUGCGUUCAAAACCAGAAUAUAAUUUCCGACCUCCAACUGAAAAUGUUUUCAGUCCUUACAAAAAUAUGAAAAAUUCAACAAUCAUUGGCGAAGAUAACUUUUUAAUGUACACUCCCGAAGGUGACAACUCCCAACAAGAAGUGUUGUCGGACGACGACAACCUUCCAAGCGAUAUUGAUAGAUUCUCAAUAGAUAGCGAAGAAGAGGAUAAACUAGAGAAUUUAGACGAAAGCUAUCUGGAUUCACCAUCCAAAAUCGAUAUAGACGAAGGUAGCCCGUGUUUUGUUGUCUCUCCUCCAAAGAAAACGACAAUAAAUCUGGGAGAUAUGGCAUCAAUAACCUGUACAAUUGAAGGCUCGUUACCAAUUACUGUACAAUGGUUCUCAUCACAAACCCAACUAGAAUCGGACGAAAAGUACGAAAUUGGCCAAGUUGAUAGCGAUAUUCACUCCUUAGAUAUUUAUAACUGUAAAGCCAUCGAUAGUGGAACUUAUAGAAUAUUAUUAACCAAUGAAAAGGGAUCUGCAGAGAAGAAAUUUGACGUAAUUGUCAAAGAGGAUAGUAUAUCAGGAGGUAUGAAGCCUCGUUUAAUAGAAGGUUUAAGGAAGACUUAUAGCGUAAGGAGCGGUGACGACGCUUUCUUCUUUUUCUCAAUCACAGCUUUUCCAAUUCCAAGAGUUGCUUGGUACAUCGACUCUCAAUUAGUAAAUGCAACAAACUUUCCAAAUGCACAAUCCACUAAAUAUAAAAAAGACUAUUCACUCUAUAUAAAACAAGUAACAAAAUCAUCGAUAAUAACAGUAAAAGCGUUUAACUUCUUAGGAGAAAUUGAAAGCAGCUGCUCGUUAAAAGUAUUGGAUGAAAAUGCUAAUGAAAAUGAAUCUAUUUAUCCAUCCGAGGAAGAUUUAAAUCAAAUUGCAUCGAUAAUGUCCGAUAAAACUGAUAAGAGGAACGAUGUUGAAAACUUUGAGAAUUCAAUCAAUUCUGUUGAUUCUAAACUUGAAAAUUUGGAUACGGAUGUUCAACUGUUAACUCCUCAACCGCAAGAUAGCUUUUUCGAUGUUGAUUUAGAGCUUAGGAAUGUUAAUAUAUGCGUAAGGAGUUUACGAGAAAUAAAUAAGAAACCUAGAUUGUUCAGGCAAAUGUCAUCCGCCUUAGACGCUAUUCAUCAAACUCUUACGGACAUUGAAAGGAGCCAGAGCGUAAGGGAAAGACGGUUGAGUGAACCUUCCCAAAAUGUUGUAUCUCUACGCCAUCAUUUUAUUGAGGAAGAGGACAUUGAAGAUUUUACGGAAAAGGUCGAGUUGUAUUUACCGUUCGACGAUUAUGAAACUCUUUACAUUUAUAAGCUGAUAGACCGUACGAUUUUAAGGCAGGCAUUUAUUACUGAACGCCAGAUGGCGUCCGUAAAAAAAGUUUUAAUAGCGCUUCCGAGUUUAAAAGAGAAAUUAGCCAUGGAAGAUAAGACAAUUUUACUACCAGAUAUAUCUGAAAUGGAUGGAAAUUUGGUUCUCAAUUGUGGAUUGAAACGCGUUAAUUCUAAACGUUACAAACGUGAUUAUAAUAUUAAUAGAUCAGGUCAAAAAGGUCAACCAGAAGUAAAACCCUUUAUAAAAGAGGAAAGUCAAGGUCAAAAAGCUAAAAGUAUUCUCAAGCAACCGAAUGAUACAUUAGCCAAAGCAACUCUUGUCCUAGUCGAUGAGAGACCGGAACUAGCCCAGGUAAUGUAA